UAAUAAACUACAUACCAGUGCCCGUCACCAUCAUUAACAAUGCCGUCCUAUCACUCGACACUUACGUCCAACAAAUCCAUAGCCAACAUGUCUUUUAUGACAUUUCGGACCAAAUUUCGCGGACCAGUUAUCAAUCUGAAUGAUGAACACCUUGGAAAGGAUGAGCUCCAGGGCGUCGACAUCAUCGAUGAGGCCAUACUAUACUUUAAGGCCAACGUCUUCUUCAGUUCGUACGAGAUUCAGAGCGAAGCCGACCGUAUUAUCAUAUAUUUGACGCUUUAUAUCAUUGAAUGUCUUAAGAAGAUUCAAAGGUGCAAUAACAAGAACGCUGCCGUCCAAGAGUUGACUCAAUUGGCCAUUAGUCGGUUCGACAUUCCCGGUGACCCGCGAUUUCCGUUGAACGGUGUCUUUCAGAAACCAAAGACUGCCGACGAAACAGAACUGAUGCGCUCAUACAUCCAACAAUUGAGACAGGAAUGCAGUGUCCGGAUUGCCAACCGGGUGUUUGAAACGGAUAAUGGCCAGCCAUCUAAAUGGUGGACCUGUUUUGCCAAACGAAAAUUUAUGAAUAUCUCGCUUUCGGGUCCCGGAAAUUGACGGAUAUAUUUAUAUACAGUUAUAUUGAUUGAUAUAUACGAACAUUCACUUUAAAUGUUAUUUUUUUU